AUAUGAGCUGAGGGUUUCUAGUACCCUUACAGCAGCUGCACGAUGAGCGGAAAUGCGUAGGAAACGUCUUGUGUAAUGAAUUCAGGCUUCAUAAGGUCUUGGCUUGCUCUACUCUUGCCCUCAAUUAUGACCCGACUUAAAAUCGUACGAUUCUUUUGCUUUACUAGUGGUAAAAUCUGUCAAAGAUCGUACUACGCUUCGCAGAUAGAUCUUUACGUCUUGGUCAGGAUUUCAACGCUUCUUUACCACAUCCAAUUCCACGGCUACUUAAUAAUAUGCUCUUCUGAAUCACGCUCUACCUAUCUUCCUCUAUUCACUGUAUAUUGUUCCUUUAAGUUUAUAUAUCACAUUAUCUCCUUGAAAUACUCGCGAACCUUUCAUUUACUUUCAGAAUUAGCAUACAGGCUUGUCUUGGAAUAAAUCAUUACAACCACCACUCUACGACUAAAGUAUACGUCAUGAAAUCAUCGCGUCGAAUAACUAAAUGCAUUACUUAUAUC